AUGCAGCACGCCCAACUCUGCGAGGAGUGGGCCGAAGUUCGUCGAGAGAUUCGGCGUGUACACUUGGACAAUGCCAGAGAACAACGAUACGAUUCGAUUCGCCAACGGCUUUCUGAUUUAGGAUGGGGCGAAGAGAUUGCCUUCCACGCGCCACAACUCAGACAGCAUAAACUGGUCAGGCAGCCCAAGCCGUUAACAGAUCGAAUCUGGUUCAACAUCAAGGAACCACUGGUCAAAUUUCUGCAGGAGCACAAAGACAACCGUCUCGAAAUAGAUCGACAGAGCAUCAUCCGGGAAAGAUGGUUCUUGGCGUCCCAGGAGUAUAACAAAUAUAUCGAAGGCCUGGAUCCCAAUUCCGUUUUUCCCUCGCGGCUGGACAUCAUCGGUAGUGAACCAUUCCGUUCCAUCAUCGAAGGCAAAUCCACACAAAUCGAAGAAAACGUCCCAUCCGAGUUGUUUGCUUCUGCCAUCGGUCGAAUUCCAGAGCUUGCAGCGAUUUGGAGAGAAGAGAAAGACGAGGAACUAGUGCAGAUCAUGAAAGCCGCGCAGAGUGACGCGGAUCAUCACGAUCUCAAUCUGGCGACGACUCUAUUUGCUUGGGACAUACAAGAUUUUUACUCUCCGCCAAUUUCAUAUCCGCGCAUCCUCAUGCAUUCGCAUGCCACGGAGCAUCACUGGAAUCAUUUCGACUGUGACACGAAGUCCGAAACUGGUUUACACUGCACUUUGUGGAAUGAAAGGAAACUAGUUAGUUUCGACGAAACAGCGUCAGCUAGGAUGCGGGACAUCCUCGUCGUCUGUGGGUUGGACCCGGAUGUCACGACCAAGGCUGAGUUGGAGGAAAUGGAGCCAUUUGUAGAGUGUGUCACCUGCGCCCACCCUUCCAAAGGGAAAUUGAUUUUCCGAGUUCCUUCUGCUGUUGUCCAUUGCAGCGUGGCGCAUAAAAAAGAGAUUCCUACGUGGAGGAUGCUUACCAGUGAGGAAGAACGCAAAAUCAGACAGCUCGAACACACUCGUUUCAACUCGAUGAUUGAAAACUCGAAGGCGUUCAAUUUGACGACUGGCUCCUUGAUGUACUGCUGCAAUCGAUGUCACCGGCUCCAGCGGAGCUAUUCGAGGUCUUGGAGGGCACACAUGAAAUCUGCGCAUGUCUCGCGGCGCGACGCCAUCCUCGUUCUUUUAGGCGCUUCUUGUUUCUAUGUCUUCUCUAUCUUUACCGACUCCGCCGCUCAAAGCCCCUCCAUCAUCAUCAACACUGCCAAUUCGGAAGGUCCUGAGCACCAUACGAUCACAGAGACGGUCACCGCAACCACUACGCGUAUCUCAACCGCCACGGUGCAUGUCUCGCCCGUUCCAACUCGCGCCGUCGACCUCGGGCUCGUAGACGACUUGCCCGAAACUUCCAUCAUCGCACAUGCUGCAGGGUGGACGCUCUUCAGAAAUCUUUACAUGUCGCGGGGCACUCUUCUCCUGUUGACCACGGACGAGUCCAAAUUUCCCCCCCACCGCCUUAUGACCAGCACCGGGCUCCCAGGGAAUCUCACAAACGAUGCUCAAAGGAUUCCAACAGCGCAAGAGAUGGACUUUAUCACGCCUGUGGAGGCGAGGAGGAGGUGGGGAGGGAACAUUGCCAAGGGCGAGCGAAACCGUGUUCUGACGGUCGAAGGAACGACGCUACUGUACAACGACCCUCCACAGUUUCUCAACCACUCUGAUCUAUGGGACUUGGGUCUUUCUUUACGGGCUUUCUCUGACGGGAAAGAGGCGAAACCUUCAAGUGCGGCAGCCGAUGCGUCGUUCACGCUUCCUUUACUUUCGACUACAACGCCCACGAUCGACCGUGCUAUCUUCAUUCACUCUGACGCCGAAGGCUGGCGUGAUGGACCGGGUUUCAAUGGCUAUUUCAUGAGAGCUGUCUUUCCUUCGAUCACCAUCGAAGUCGAGUCAGAUUGGAUGGAUCGCGUCAACGCAACGAGACAUACUCAGACGGAGCGCGCUUUCCACUUCCCGCUCGCAUUGCUUACGGACCGAAGCGCGGCAUUCCGGGAUCCCAUCUGCGGGUGGUUUACUCAGCGAACGGCAGCCAAUGCCUGGAUGGCCAUGGCCAAGGAGGGAAAGAUUGAUCUAGUCGGCAAUUGGUGGGCGAGUAUGCGAGCUGCCGUCAUCCGAUACGCUGGAGGAGACCCUCAGGAGGAUCUUUCCCCGACUCUCAAGAUGCCCGAGACGAUUGUCAUCACAUACAUCAACCGCCAAGGGACGCGUCGCCAUCUGAAAGAGGAGGACAACCGUCAACUUGUGCAGGCCAUCGAAGAACUCGUUGCUAGGAAGAAUCAAGAGGGUGGCAGGCAAUGGGAGUUCCAUGAUGUGCAGGCCGAACGGCUCACGUUGGACGAGCAGAUUCAAAUGGCUGCUAAGACCCAUAUCAUGUUGGGUGUCCACGGAAAUGGCUUGACACAUUUGGUUAUGAUGAAACCCACACUCGUCUCCGCCGUUGUUGAGAUGUUCCUCCCUGAAGGAUAUGCGCGUGAUUAUGAGUGGACCAGUCGUUCUUUGGGCAUGACGCACUACUCCAUAUGGAAUGAUACAGUCUACACGUAUCCCAACGAACCCCCGAAUCCCGAUUAUCCUGAGGGUUUCCAUGGGCCGAACAUCCCGGUUCAAGCUUCAGUCGUCGCAAACGUCAUCGAGGAACACGUUGCCGCCCGCGAGAAGGGAGAUACGGGUGUUGAGCGAAGCCCGGUGUACGAUCAACAGUGA